AUGGCGUCGACAAAAUACACUCGCUCUUUUCCAAAUGAUCGUUGGAAUGACGCUUUAGCAAGUGUUUGUUCUGUGUUUACCAUCAAAGAUCUUUAUUCAGAGCAAAAAGAAGCCUUGGAGAACUUUUUUGCUGGUAAACAUGUGUAUGUGAAUCUACCAACCGCGUUUGGAAAAUCAUUGAUUUCUCAAGCUAUUCCAGUUAUGGAUGAUUCCCUCAAACUUCGAACAAAGCGUAGCGGAAUAAUUGUCGUAAUCUCGCCUUUAAAGUCUUUGAUGAUUGAGCAGGUCGCAUUUUUAAAUAGCAUCGGUUUGCCGUCGGUUUCUCUAACGGAUGCUGAAUGUGAAAAUGUAAAGGUGAUCCAAGAUGUUAUCCAUGGGAAGUAUUCGCAUGUUUUUCCUCGCCUGAAUGUCUUCCUUCCAUCAGCGUUUGGAGGGGUAUAUUUGCAUCUGAGCAGUUUAAAGAAAACCUUAUUGGUGUUGCAAUCGAUGAAGCACACUGUAUAAGUCAAUGGUAAGUUGCAAAUAUAUUAGCAAACACGCAAGAACUGUAUGUAAAUAUGUUUGUAAAACAGACUUGCAUAUAAGUUUGAAAUAGCUGUUGAAAUAGCUGUUGCUGAAGUAGCCUGCGUACAGGCUAUAUUAUAUUCUGGUAAAAUUGUUUCCAUGUAAACCAACUGAAAAUAACCUAGUUUGUAGUUGUGCAUUUACUGCACAGUACACUUGCACACUGCAUAGUGAAUGAGCAAGCCAGUGAAUGAUAUAAAAUAGAAUAUAUACAGUUCUUUGUUCUUUGUAGGGGAAUGUCAAAUAGUGAACGAGGGAUAAAAAAGAUUCCCUUCCGAAAGUGGUAUGGAAAUCUUGGUGAGCUGAUGUCUCUUGUUCCAAGUAACACCAAUUUUGUGGUCCUCACUGCCACCGCUACGCAAGAAACGACUGAUUGCAUUUUUGAAAGUUUAAAGCUACCACCAAAGAAAACCCAUACUGUAAAGCAAAUUAAGUCCUGAUCGCCACAACCUACGAUACAGUGUCCAGUACAUUGAUAAUAAUAUACCCUUAAAAAUUGUUUUUGCUGGCCUCCUCAAUUAAAUGAAUGAGAAAGGAGUGGAAGCGGACCGAACAUUGAUAUACUGUCAAACCCGAAAGCAUUGCGGUUUAUUAUAUCGUUUAUUCGAGAUACGUCUGAAAGAUAAAUUUUACCAUGGCUGUGCUAAACCAAAGAAUCGAGUUGUUGAAAUGUAUCAUGCAUCAACUCCUGAUAAUGUGAAAAAGCAUAUCAUUGAAAAUCUCAGUGAUGAAAGUGGGCAUAUACGCAUCUUAAUCUCUACAAUUGCAUUCGGGAUGGGUGUUAAUUGUAAAAGCGUUCAUCGUGUUGUACAUUUUGGGCCUCUAAAAAUAUGGAAUGUUAUGUGCAAGAGAGCGGGCGAGCCGGUCGGGAUGGAAAGCCAAGUAAUUGCAUCAUCCUUUAUAAUGGUUGCUAGCUAGUUAUUCAACUCCUAAAAUGAAGAAACUCCUUGCUAAUGAAACAUCAGAAUGUUUGCGUCAAUUGAUAUUUGCGGAUUUCAAUAUAGGUAGCUGUCAUUUUGACUUACCUCAUCAGUGUUGUGAUGUUUGUGCACAGACAUGUCAAUGUGGUAACAGUGAUUGUGGAAAAAUACCAGUCAUAAGUUGUGAUCAAGAUGAUGAUGACAAUAAUAUUCCAACGAUUAUCCGAUCAGUAACAACAGAAGAUAAGGGAACACUAAAAAGUCUUCUAAUGUCAUACAGAAUGCAACUGAUAGAGAUGGAGGUGAACACUAUGACCUCCUCUGUUGGAAUUCCCAAUGUUUUUCUUGAAUUUGGAGGAAUGCAAAUCUCCCAAGUCCUCAACACAUGCCACAAACUAUUCACAAUUGAUGACGUAAUUGAGAAUGUGGAAAUAUGGAGGAAAAAUCAUGCUCCAGGAAUUUUAGAAGCUAUUAAACAUGUUUUUAAUGACAUUGACAUAGAUUUGGAUUUGUCUCCAGUUGAGGACGAGGGAUUGGACAUUGACAUGGAUUGGGAAGAAGUCAGGGAUGAUUCUAGUUUUCUGAACAUGUUUAAUUCGCAAUCUAUGGAGUGGAGCCAAACAGACACCACUGCAGACACUACUUUAGUGGAAAACCGUAGUGACUUCUUCGAAGCUUUAGUACAGUAA